GUAAACAACAUGGCGGAUAGAAGUAUAGUCAAUACUGACGUUUGCAACGUCUGUAAAACUAAAGACAAUUUGAAACGUUGCGGUAGAUGCAAAUCUAUUUAUUACUGCGGAAGAGAGCACCAAAAACAUGACUGGCUCUACCACAAAGCUGUGUGUGUAAAUAAAACAGAAACAUUUCGUACUAGAUCUAGAUCUAAUACUAAUACUAAGAACAAGGAUGCUAAACUUUUUGAAGUUAUUCAACAAAACACAAACUUAAUCAAGCAAGAAAAAACUGCUAAUAUUUAUAAUCAAGCAGAAAUUGAUAGUAUUUUAGAUUUCAGUUCUGUUGUAGCCAAUGGAGAAAAUUCAAUUUGUUCUGAUAAUCAGAAAGAUAUAUUUAAUGAAUUUAUGCAGUCUGAUAAAACAUUUACAGGACCAGCUGAUGAAACAGAACACCAAGAAACCAAAUUACAUAGUUCUACAGAUUCACAUGAUCUGUCUGUGUUACAAACUCUAGAAGCUGAUAAGGAUUUAGUAUUAUUUGAUACUGGGCCUUUUAUCGAACCUACCUUCAACAGGCCAAGCUCUUUUCAGCACAAAGAACUGGCACAAUUUAUUUGCUCUGAACUUAUUGGCUCAGGAUAUUGCGUGGUUGAUGGGCUAUUUGAUAAUGAGCUAAUAGAUGGUAUGCUAUCAGAAGCACAGGGGUUAAAUUAUAAGACUGGGGAGCUUGGUGGUGGUCGUUCUAGUGGAGAUGAUACAAAAAAAGUUGUCAAUACAAACAUCAGAAGUGACAAAAUUAAAUGGAUUGAAGGAAAUGAAAAAGAACUACCUAAUGCUAUGAAAGUUUUGAAUACCAUGGAUUCUAUAACAAGUUUUUUUAGUUUUCAUCUAGAAAACUGUUUUAUUCAAGGACGCACAAAGGGAAUGGUCGCUUGUUAUCCGGGCAAUGGAGGGUAUUACAGACGCCAUGUGGAUAAUCCUAGCAUGGAUGGAAGAAGAAUUACAUGUAUUCUGUACCUAAAUAAAGAAUGGAAUGUUCUGACAGAUGGUGGCUUGCUUAGGAUUUUCCCCUCAAAUCACACCCAGUCAGUAGACAUUGCUCCACUUGCAAAUAGAUUGCUCUUCUUUUGGUCAGAUAAAAGAAACCCACAUGAAGUACAGCCUUGCUACAGGGACAGAUACGCAAUGACAGUUUGGUAUUUUGAUGUACAAGAGAGAGAGAAUGCAAAAAUUGAAGAACUGAAGCAAGAAACAGAAAGAAUAAAUGUUUUGAUAACAGAACUAGAAGAAAAGAAAAAGAAACUUGAUCAGCUAACACAGAAUCAAAUGAUAGAGAACAGAGCCAUGGAGGCAGUAAAAAGUUUGGCUCCACAAGAACUAGAGGCAAUUUCCUUUCUGCUUGAGCACCACCCCAACCCUAGUGAGGCUUUAACUAGCAUGGGAAUCUCUGACACCAUACAGCAAGCACUGAGACGCUACUUCAGCUCACUGCAUUCUGGUGUAUGAGGAGUGUUUGUUGAGCUCACACUCUGGUGUAUGAGUGUUUGUUGAGCUCACAUUCUGGUGUAUGAGUGUUUGUUGAGCUCACAUUCUGGUGUAUGAGGAGUGUUUGUUGAGCUCACACUCUGGUGUAUGAGUGUUUGUUGAGCUCACAUUCUGGUGUAUGAGUGUUUGUUGAGCUCACAUUCUGGUGUAUGAGUGUUUGUUGAGCUCACAUUCUGGUGUAUGAGGAGUGUUUGCUGAGCUCACAUUCUGGUGUAUGAGAGCUUGUUGAGCUCACACUCUGGUGUAUGAGGAGUGUUUGUUGAGCUCACACUCUGGUGUAUGAGGAGUGUUUGUUGUGGUCACAUUCUGGUGUAUGAGGAGUGUUUGUUGAUGUGUCCACGUACAUUGGAUGUGCCAUGUUGAUUGGAUGUGCCAUGUUGAUUGGAUGUGCCAAUGUUGAUUGGAUGUGCCAAUGUUGUUUGGAUGUGCCAAUGUUGUUUGGAUGUGCCAAUGUUGUUUGGAUGUGCCCAUGUUAAUUGGAUGUGCUAAUGUUGAUUGAAUCUGUCCUGCAUGGAUGAUAUACCUAAAUGUAAAACAAAGGUCUGCCUGCCGUCUGCACGUUUCAACAGACAGCAGUCAGACAAAUGAGAGCAAACACAUCGCAGUCCUCUCCAAUUCUUACUUUCAAAGUAAAACAGAUGUAGUGCUUCAAGGGAGGUAACUACACCUUCUUUAAAAAUGAUUAUAACAUCCCUUGACUCCUUUAAAAUAUUCAAUAGAAACCUAGAUAAAAAUUGCUAAAUAAAAUCUUUAAGCU